UUAAGCCCAACACAGGUUGCCCCAAAUCAUUAUGAUCUCUAUAUUCUCAGCCCUUCCCCUUCCGCCCUUUCAAAUCCGCGCUCUCUCAACUCCUAAACUACCCCUCAAAUCAAACCUCCUCCCUCCUCCAAAAAUGUCAUCUUGGCCGUGCUCCAAAUGCACCUACAUCAACUCCCCCUCCCAAAAACUCUCCUGCAAAAUCUGCCUCUCUCCUCCCGAAACCCUAACCCUAACCUCGGCCCCCUCUUCCUCCUCUCCCCAUUGCUGGCCCUGCACCGCUUGCACCUUCUCAAACCCUAACUCCAGCGACAGCUGCGAGAUGUGCGGAACAAGGAGCUACUCUUCGGCGCCGAGCUCGGUGGAUCUUGAGCCUGAUGAGAUCUCGGAUCCUUCGAUCGGGUCGGUGUUCUUUCCCCUCAGGCGAUGUGAAACUAAGAGAGCGGCGCCGGCGGCGGAGGCGGAGAGACAAGAGGGGAAGUCGAGAAAGAAGGAGGUGGAGGAUGUCGUCGAACCUUCUGCGGGGUCAGGACAUGUUGAUUCUAUUUCAAAUGAUGUCAGACUAAAAAUUUUAAGCUAUAAUGUGUGGUUCCGAGAGGACUUGGAACUGCAUAGGAGGAUGAAAGCUCUUGGAGAUCUUAUUCAGCAGCAUUUGCCAGAUUUAAUCUGUUUUCAGGAGGUCACACCAGACAUUUAUGGUAUUUUUCAAAAAUCAAAAUGGUGGAGAAUGUACAAGUGUUCAGUAUCACAGGAGGUGGCAACUAUGAGGCCAUAUUUCUGCAUGCAGAUGAGCAAAUUGCCUGUAAGAUCAUUCAGAUGCAAGCCAUUUGAUAACUCCAAAAUGGGAAGAGAGCUCUGCAUGGCAGAAAUUGAUAUUGGAGAGAACAAGAAGCUGGUAGUUGCUACAAGUCACCUCGAGAGCCCAUGUCCUGGCCCUCCCAAAUGGGAUCAGAUGUACAGCAAGGAACGAGUUACACAGGCAAAAGAAUCUAUUGGAAUCCUCAAACAAUUUCCUAAUGUGAUUUUUGGUGGUGACAUGAAUUGGGAUGACAAGCUGGAUGGUGCCUUUCCAUUAAAUAAUGGGUGGGUUGAUGCUUGGACUGAGCUGAGAGCUGAGGAAAAUGGGUGGACUUAUGAUACCAAGUCCAACCAAAUGUUGACAGGCAAUCGUACAUUGCAGAAGAGACUUGAUCGAUUCUUAUGCAGCUUGAGUGAUUUUAAGAUUGACAGCAUUGAGAUGAUAGGAAAGGAAGCUAUACCUGGGGUUUAUUACUGCAAGGAGAAGAAAGUAAGGAAAGAAGUUAAAAUGCUUGAACUGCCUGUUUUACCUAGUGAUCAUUAUGGUCUUCUGCUAACAAUCAAGAGCCUUUGAUUCCUUGGUCAUUAGCUUUUGUGGCUCGGUCCGUUUUGUGUGAAUAUCCAGGCCGAGCCCUAUGUAGGUAAGAUGAACAGCACCUCUGGGUCGGAGACAGGUGCACGUAUUUUGUUACUUUUUUCUAACCUUGCGUGCUUCGAAAAUUAAGCACUUUUUGUAAAGAAGCUUUUGUGGGUAUUCUGUGAAAGACUGAGCUCUGUAAUACGCUUAUGGGAAUGCUGAAACUUUAUCCUUUCUCGAUGGGAAAUUACUGUUUUGGAUGAUCUCAGUUGAGUUGGUAAUUUCGGAAGGCCCUUGAUAUAAUAUUUGGAGUUUUCCCC